UCAGAAUUCACAAGAACUACGAAGGGUAUUGCCGUCGACUUGUACUGGAUUUGUUUGAAGAAUUUAAGGAUUGAUUAAAGGGGCCUAAAAAGUUUACGAAGAACUAGAAAAGCAAUUCUAAUAUGGGUAAAUUGCAACUGUUCUUAAUGGUCGUGGUGUUGGCCAUUACGACUAUUUGCGCAGAUAUGAUGCGCAAAAGUAUUGUUUUCGACGAAAAGAAUCCCAAGUUCUUCUAUUGUCCUCAAGAAAAGCCAAAAGGAAUGAAUAAAAUGCUCGUCAAGGCUAGGCCUAUUGACAAACUUUGUGAAUUCGAAGGCUCGCCACCUAAAGAAUUCAAAUCUGAUUGUUACAAUGACAUUGACGAGUCAGAUUAUGCAUGCGCAGAAAAGGAAAGGAUUAUGAUGCGGUUGAAUCCACCUAAUGACACUGAUACUACAACUAUGUCUACUACUACUGCGAAGUCUUAUUUGAAGACAAAGCCUAAGAAGCAGUAGUCAUUCUACAUUUAUAUACACUUAUAUUUGAUAUCUUUGGCAGCUAUAUGAACAAUUUUUAUUCAUUUAUGUGAUAAUUUAUUUUUAAUAUUUUUAAUUGUUUUAUUGCUGAUAGUAAUUCUCUUUAGACUUAUACAUGGUUACUAUUUAUGAACAUGUGAAAAAGGAUUUUAUUUAUUGAAUCGUAUUGGUAAAUACUGUUUUUGAUUGGUUGUAGAAGCAUGAUUAAAAGAAAGAUUAAUUUUUAACGCUUACUAAUACUGUGUUUUGUUUUAAUGUUUAUCUAGGUUUGGUUUUUGAAGCGGUGAUUGUAGGGAUUCAGUGAUUUUUAUUUUAGAUGUUUCACUGAAUAACAUUUAAAUUCCUGCGAUUUUCCACAACAAAAAUGAAAUAAAUUUGAAUAAGUACAAUUCAUCUUUUCAUAUAAGAAGUAUGCAUUUUUCUAUAGCUAUUGAAACUGAAGAAUGAUCGAAGAAAAAUUCAAAAAGUUAUAUGAGUUAUAAAUUUUCAUUUUAAUACGGUGUACUUUAUAGCGGAAAUAAAGAAUGCUUUUCCAUUUUA